AUGUUUGCGUGGCUGAUGAUGGACGUCCUCCAGUUGGUUAACGGGGAUAUAGCCCCCGAUUCAUAUGUGAAUACCACAAAUUGGUAUAAUACGAACGAGAGCUUAUAUACCACGGAACUAAACCAUAGAUGGAUUAGUGGCAGUUCCACAAUUCAGCCAGAGGAGCCAAUCUAUGGCACUGAAUUGCCCACCUAUCAACAUUGCAUUGCCACCAGGAAUUCCUUUGCCGAUUUGCUGACAGUGGUCCUAUAUGGAUUUGUAUGCAUUAUUGGAUUAUUUGGCAAUACACUGGUGAUCUAUGUGGUCCUGCGAUUUUCUAAAAUGCAAACAGUUACAAAUAUAUAUAUCCUGAAUCUAGCAGUGGCAGAUGAGUGUUUCCUGAUUGGAAUACCCUUUCUGCUAUAUACAAUGAGAAUUUGCAGCUGGCGUUUUGGAGAGUUUAUGUGCAAAGCCUAUAUGGUGAGCACUUCCAUCACCUCCUUCACUUCAUCGAUUUUCCUGCUCAUCAUGUCCGCAGAUCGUUAUAUAGCCGUGUGCCACCCGAUUUCCUCGCCCCGAUAUCGAACUCUGCAUAUAGCAAAGAUAGUCUCGGCGAUUGCCUGGACCACUUCAGCGGUCCUCAUGCUGCCGGUCAUCCUUUAUGCCAGCACUGUGGAGCAGGAAGAUGGCAUUAAUUACUCCUGCAACAUUAUGUGGCCGGAUGCCUACAAGAAACACUCUGGCACCACCUUUAUACUCUACACAUUUUUCCUGGGAUUCGCCACACCACUGUGUUUUAUUCUCAGUUUUUACUAUUUGGUUAUAAGAAAACUGCAAUCGGUGGGUCCUAAACAGGCCACCAAGUCCAAGGAGAAGAGAAGGGCUCACCGGAAGGUUACCCGACUGGUUUUGACGGUAAUUAGUGUAUACAUCUUUUGCUGGCUUCCACACUGGAUUUCCCAGGUGGCCUUGAUUCACUCGAAUCCCGCUCAGAGGGACCUGUCCCGACUGGAGAUACUCAUCUUUCUGCUCUUGGGGGCCCUGGUUUACUCCAACUCGGCCGUGAAUCCCAUACUCUAUGCCUUUCUGAGUGAAAACUUCCGAAAGAGCUUCUUCAAGGCCUUUACCUGUAUGAACAAACAGGAUAUCAACGCCCAACUGCAGGUGGAGCCGAGUGUUUUCACCAAGCAGGGAAGCAAGAAGAGGGGUGGCUCUAAGCGCCUCUUGACCACCAAUCCGCAGAUGCCUCCAUUGCUGCCAUUAAAUGUGGGUAACAACAAUUCAUCGACCACCACAUCCUCGACCACGACGGCGGAAAAAACCGGCACCACGGGAACGCAGAAGUCCUGCAAUUCCAAUGGCAAAAUGAGUGCUCCGCCGGAGAAUUUGAUUAUUUGCCUGAGCGAACAGCAGGAGGCCUUUUGCACCACGGCAAGGCGAGGGUCUGGGGCAGUGCAGCAAACUGAUUUGUAACCCAGUUUUAGUAAGAACUUUCUUUAAAUUAAUGAAGGAAAAUAUUUGAAAUUUAUGAAAUACAAAAUAUAUAAGGCAUUUAAAUGAUUUUAUAUUAAUUUUCUACCUAAACACGUGUGAAAUCGCGCGAUUAACAUUAUUAAGAAUAGACUUAGCAGUAUUAAUUUGUGUCUACUUGCAUUAAAAAAUAAAUUUAAUGGAAUUCAAUAAAGAUUCUAAUAGAAACCUUAACCGCACAACGAUAUAUUAGCAAUAUAUGAAAGUUGUUCAGAAUGAAAGGAUGAAAUUGGGAUAUACUACAAAAAUGUUCUUAGAAUUUUGAAUUAUUACCAAAUAUUGUAAAAUUUUAUGGAAUUUACUGCAAGUUUUAUAUUUUACUGCCAAUAAAACGUUUACCAUUAGUUAUAAUUAAAUCCUCAAACUUUUACGAAACAAAAAGAUAAUGAAUAAGUCCAAAAACCUUGCUUAUUUCAGAAACUUACCUAUAAUAAGAAAGUGCUCGCUUCUGCAUCAUAUUUAAUAAUUAUCCAAUUAGGUAAUUACACUGAUUUAUGCAAUUAAAAAUGAAUAAGACGAG